AUGGAGCGCAUCAUUGGAGCGCAUCCAGGAGUUGCUGCUGUUUUAUUUGUCGGAACACGACGCCCUAAGGGUGCUUUACUUGUUGAGUUGCGAAACCCAUCUGUGGACAAAGAUGUCUUUCUUGAAUCGUUAUGGCCGCUUGUUGAGGAGGCGAAUAAACCCGUACCAUACACUGCUAAAAUCACUAAAGACAUGAUCUUAAUCACAGACGAAGCACUUCCGAUGGUAAGAUCUAUUAAAGGUACUAUCGAAAGAAGAGGUACGGUGAGACUUUAUGAACAGAAACUUGACCUUUUGUAUGCAAUUCAUGCCUAG